GGUGUACGUGUUGGGGGUGGCUAUGAUAUUCUCGGGCAAGCGGAGAAUUGAGGCAGUCAAACUGCAGCUUCUUGGGAAGGCAACAGGCGAAGCCAGAGCCCCGGGUGAAGCCAGUGGUCACCCCACGACAAAUUCAGAGUUUGAGAGGCAGUAAACCACCGCGUGUGUUAUCAACCAACGAGUAGGCACGUCCACACCACAACCGCGGGUUGUCUUGGAGGAAGCCCGUGCAAGCGCGUGCACAAGCGAGAGGACUUGAGGAAGCUCCUCCUGCACGUUCAUGAAGACGAUGGGCGAUGCGAGGAGGGUCUCCCUGCUCCUGUGCGCGCUCUGCGUUGGCGCUUGGGCACGCGUGGAUCUGCAAUCAAUAGACCUCCUGGGGCUGAGCGAGGCCAAGCAGAACCAGCAGGCGGUGGAGAAGAUCCAGCAUGCCAUGCUGUCCAUCAACGACCUCUACUUCGUCUCCACCUUCCGGCUGCAGUCGAAAAGCGGCGGCGUCAUCUUUGGCAUCUACUCGCGCCGCGAGAAUGCCAAGUACCUGGAGUUCGUCGCCCUGGGAAAGCUCAACAGGGUGUCGCUGCGCUACCUGAAAGGCGACGGCAAGAUGCACACCGUGAGCCUGCAGAACGCGCCAUUGGCCGACGGGCGCACGCACUCGCUCAUCCUGCGCCUGUCGGGCCUGCAGGAGUCCGCCUCCAGCGCCGAGCUCUACGUCGACUGCAAGCUCGUGGACUCAGCUAGCGGCCUGCCACCCAUCCUGGACGUGAUGCCCGAGCAGGCGGACGCGCUGGAGGUCCGCACGGCGCAGCGCACGCUCUUCCGCAACCAGCAGGGCACUGUUGACGACAUGAGGCUGGUGUUGGGCGGAACGUUGGCUCGAAUCGGGGCCAUCCAGGAAUGCUCCUUUCAAGGAGAUGCGGACAUCCACAACACAGUUAAUGGUGCCAACAUCUUAAGCGUAUCAUUGCUGGGCGAGCACAUGGCCCAGCUGGUGGCUCAGAUGACCCUGUUUAACCAAGCGAUGCGGCAGCUGAGCCAGGACACGCGUGACCAGAUCAAGGAGACAACGCUACUGAGGAAUGUCAUCAUGGAGUGUCAAGCGUGCGGCUUCACGGACGGUGGGGACGCCCCGCGGUGGUCGCACUGCAGUUCCACCUCGUGCUUCCCCGGCGUCGACUGCACCGAGGCUCCCGGCUCAGCGCUCGGUUUCACCUGCGGCCGCUGCCCCUACGGCUUCUCUGGCAACGGCACGCACUGCGCUGACAUCGACGAGUGCAAGCUUGCCAGCCCGUGUUUCGCUGGCGUGCGCUGCGUGAACGCGGCGCCGGGCUUCUCGUGCGAGCCGUGCCCGGACGGCCUGGCGGGGCCUCUCCUGCAGGGGGUCGGCGUGGAGUUUGCCAAGGACGCCAAGCAGGUGUGUACAGACGUUGAUGAGUGUCAAGAUGGGAAAAAUGGCGGCUGCGUCCUCAACUCCAUCUGUGUGAACAUCAUGGGCUCCUAUCGCUGUGGACCGUGCAAAUCGGGGUACUCAGGAAACCAGAAUGUGGGCUGCCACCCCGGCAACACCUGCAACAACGGGGCCUUCAACCCAUGCGACUUGAACGCGCAGUGCCACGUGGAGCGGAACGGGGAUGUGUCGUGCACCUGCAAUGUGGGCUGGGCUGGAAACGGCUACGUGUGCGGCACGGAUGCCGACAUCGACGGCUACCCAGACGAGGCCCUGCCCUGCACGGACAACGACAAACACUGCCGCAAGGACAACUGCAGGUUCACACCCAACUCGGGGCAGGAGGAUGCAGAUGGGGAUGGACUUGGAGACCAGUGCGAUGAGGAUGCGGACGGCGAUGGCAUCAAGAAUGUGCAGGACAACUGCCGGCUCAUAGUGAACAAGGACCAGCAGAAUUCCGACACGGACUCUUUCGGCGAUGCGUGCGACAACUGCCCCAAUGUGAACAACAACGACCAGCGCGACACGGACAGCAACGGGGAGGGCGAUGCCUGCGACAACGACAUCGAUGGAGACGGAAUCCCAAACAUACUGGACAACUGCCCCAAAGUGCCCAACCCUCUCCAAACGGACCGUGAUGGCGACAGCGUGGGGGACGCCUGUGACAGUUGCCCUGAAGUCAGCAACCCCACUCAGACCGACAGCGACAGUGACCUGGUUGGGGAUAUCUGCGACACCAACCAAGACAGUGACGGGGACGGACACCAGGACACGCGGGACAACUGCCCCAGCGUGCCCAACAGCUCCCAGCUGGACACGGACAACGACGGGCUGGGCGACGAGUGCGACCACGACGAUGACAACGACGGCGUCCCAGAUUACCUGCCGCCCGGCCCAGACAACUGCCGCCUCGUCGUCAACCCCAAUCAGGAGGACAAUAACGGCGACGGCGUGGGCGACGUAUGCGAGAGCGACUUUGACAACGACUCGGUCAUCGACCGCAUCGACGUUUGCCCCGAGAACGCCGAGAUCACGCUCACCGACUUCCGUGCCUACCAGACGGUGGUGCUGGACCCCGAGGGGGACGCGCAGAUCGACCCCAACUGGGUCGUCCUCAACCAGGGCAUGGAAAUUGUACAGACUGUAAACAGUGACCCGGGCCUUGCAGUAGGCUACACGGCUUUCAACGGCGUGGACUUUGAGGGAACCUUUCACGUCAACACUGUGACGGACGAUGACUACGCCGGCUUCAUCUUUGGCUACCAGGACAGCGCCAGCUUCUACGUCAUCAUGUGGAAGCAGACGGAGCAGACCUACUGGCAAGCGACGCCCUUCCGCGCCGUGGCUGAGCCGGGCCUGCAACUGAAGGCCGUCAAGUCCAAGACGGGGCCCGGCGAGCGGCUCCGAAACGCACUCUGGAACACGGGCGACACGGGCGACCAGGUCACACUGCUGUGGAAGGACCCGCGCAACGUGGGAUGGAAGGACAAGACAUCGUACCGCUGGCACCUGGCACACCGCCCACAGGUUGGCUACAUCAGGGUGAAGCUCUACGAGGGCCCGGUGCUGGUCGCCGACUCCGGGGUCAUCAUCGACACGACGAUGCGAGGUGGACGACUUGGAGUCUUCUGCUUCUCCCAGGAGAACAUCAUUUGGUCCAACCUGCGCUACCGCUGCAACGACACUGUUCCAGAAGACUUUUCAGCGUAUCGUGCCAUGCAAAUUCACUUUCCUUCAUAAAGCAAAGAGAUAAACUGGAAACGAACCUGUAUAAAUGACUAACAUUUUUUAAACUGAAACAAUACUUUAUGAUAGUACAAUUUAUUCCUUUGUAAGUGCUGACAAAUAUAGGAGCAUUUGAAGUGCAGGACAUGCUUAUUUUGUUUUUGAAUGUGGGAUUUGUGGAUGCAAUUAAACGUUUUUUUACAUUAUUGUAUAAAUGCUUUUAACAUUUAGUUACAUUUUUACUGUAAUUUAGAAUUAAUGUUGUACAGCUGAUAUUGCAUUUUUGUUUUACUUUGACUUGUAACAUGUGUUCUUGAAUGGUUUCUUUCCCAUUGUUUGGGAAAUGAUCUGAUGAAAAAAAUACAUGUAUACAGUCGUUUUAUGAAACGGAGGAACGCACGCUGGAACCUCCAUCGUUCUACCUGAUGAUGGUUACAUAAAUGAAAUGUAAAUAUUUGAUGUUUUUUUUAAACGUGCAUAUGACGUCGACAUUUUGAAACAGCUACAGAAAGAUUGAACAUGUGCUAUUGUGUGUGUGUGUGGAAGUUAAGUGCUAAAAGGAGGUGGAUGGAUGGUUAUGGGGUAGGUGGAAACUGGAGGGGAAAAUAGAAGUGAUGGGAAAGUAGUGACGAUAAAGAGAGAGACGUAGAACCAGAGAUAAGUAAAUGUCAAAUAGAAAACAACACGCUUGGAGGGCAUGGCAAAAUUCAAUCGAGCUCACGAAUUACAUAUCAUUUGUAAUUCACAUUCCAUCCCCACUCAUAGGGGUGCCAUGGUGGCGAGAUGUUACCUACCUCGCCUGGUAUGCAGGAGGGUCGUGGGUUCAAUCCCGACCCUUAGGCCUGUAUAUUUGGAGUUUGCAUGUUCUCCCCAUGGUCGUGUGUUGCAAUUUGAUUUAUUCUUAUUCCCUAGUAGUCAUACCUAAACGGCCAUUUUUUAUUGUUUACAAGACUUUUAAUUUUUGAUUUAAAGCUUUCGUGACUGCAGGGAUUCAUAUUCUUGGUUCUUUCGGUAAAGUCACGUGACUUUACCGAAAGAACCAAGAAUAAGACUUUUAAUAUACCUCUUUUGUUACAAUAAAUUGAGGUGACCUAUAGCAAAUGAGUGAUAUGUAGUUUACUUAGAUUAUUCAAUCAGCAUGAAUGAGUGAAUGUCACACACUUAGGAAUUAGCCAUUCUGAAGCUUAGCAACAAACUUCAGGCAACAAGCCGUAGCAAUAAAUGCUGGCUGCAGCAUUGACUGUGGGCUCUGUUCGGUUGAUGAAAAGUUGUUCAAAAACAACCUUGGAAAAUCUGACUGAAUGAGCAAAGUUGACGAAACACGUGCUUGUACAUUGCAAGCGGACUUGUUCACAAAAUCGCACUGUGACCUUGGGUGCCCACAUUGCUUCAAGUCAACAAGUGGCUCCGAGUUGAAGUUUCGAGAUUUCUAGGAGUAGGCGUUCACAUCGCUUUAACAUUAUAGGUACGUUGCUUCAAGACAAAACUUCGGUACAAAAAUAAAAAAAAUGGUCUGAGCCUCCAAAAGGGGACGUUCUAGGUGCGUUUAAAAGAGAUGCCAACAGACACCGCAUGCAGUGUUGUGCUUUUGUGUGCCAUUGCAAUUCUCACAAAUUCACAGCUAUACAAUAUUUACACAGAUAUGUGCUGUUAAUGCUGUUGGCGCUAUUAUAAUUGAUAACAUUUUUUUAAAGCUAUUUUGAGUGAACACCAUCAUGCCAUUUGUGAGCACAGAUGUUAGAUUUGUUUCGUGCAUAAAUUCUAUCUGCAGUUUCCAUGAGCUUUAGAAACAAACCAUUAACAAGCAUCAAGAUCCAAAGGACAUCAGAGCCGGUGAAAUUGAUGGUGCCACUCCAAGCCGAUACUUCUGCCAGGCUCCGAAACGAGUCGGGAUUGUCCUCAAAGGUUUCCUCUGUCAGUAUCUCUGAGAAUCCGGCCUCACGUCUCCCCCUUUGGUUGCUGACCACUGCCUGUCCACCUCAUUGUUCAUCUCGGUCACUUCACCUCCUCGAUCCAAUACAGGUUCCUCGCCAGUCAUAUGUUCCGCUUCAUCAUUGAGUCCACAAUGCUCUGCCACAUAUUCUGAAUGCCAAAGUUUUAUUGUAUCCUUCUGUACUGGAAUGACCAAAAGCCUAUGUUCUAGUUGGUUAUAACCCAACUCUCCGACACAUUCAUAUCACUGACAUGUCAGAUACGUACUGUCUACUCUUAUUAGGUGCUUUAUGUCGUCCAUAAAAAAAAUAUCUGAUGGUAAAUUCACUUCAUUUCCAAAUACUACCCAAUCUCCUGAACAUUUUUGGUCAAUUGGCAUUUAAGACCAUAUGCAGUCUGCAGUUUUUAGAGACGUGGACACAUUUUUUUUCCCUGAUGGAUUGAUCAGUGUCACGACUGCCGAGAGAAUGACUGUAUGUGGGUGAUUCACGGACAUGCAGUGCCGCCACUGAGCUCCUCCACCUUGGGUUAUGUAAUUUCAGGUGACAUACGCAGGUGGGUAUUGACUGAUUUCAUUGGAGGUGAUGAGAAUGCGCCAAUGGUUUUUUGGGGUUCUUCCCACCCUGAGGCAGCAGAAUGACCUGGCUAGAAAGCAUGAUUCGGUGGAGCACUGCUUCUCCAGCUGACCCAAGGCCGUUGGCAUAUUCCUGGUCGAUGUGGCGCACGUUCAGGAGCGUUUGAUUAAAAUACAUGGGAAUGCAACAUCAGAGCGAUAAACUGAAACAGAAUUAGAUUUAUGACGUUGACUCUUUGUUUCUGCGACUUUUCCAGGUUUCCGUAGUUCCUCUGUGGUCUCCUUGCUUUUGUAAAAAUGGGUGGAUACAACAGUCCAGAGCUGGGAAUAAUACCAUAACAUGCUGGCGAGCCCCCUAUAAGCACAAAGCAAUACCCCUGCCUCAUCUGCAGAGAAAUGCCCUCAGCAUUAAUACGGUAUAGUAAUGAGCGACAUGUCACUUAAAAGGAUAAAAUUGAUAAUCACAGCAGUGCCUACGAGUUAUAAUUUAGUUACGCAUAAUUCGCAGUUCCAUAGGGUUACAUGGCGGCCUUCAAAUAAUUCAUACUGACGUGUGGCUCCAUCUGCAAGCGUGUACGCAUGUAAAAGUCAUUAUUUGUUCACGCCUGAUAGUUUAGAUUCGUCAAUCCGGUGCUUUUUCACAUUUUACUACUUCACCAGUUCUAUAUUCUACUCAAUAAAUGAAAACAAUUGGAUAGUAUGUGUUUAAAACAGCACAUGUUUAUUACUGCACUGCACUUCUCUAAUAGUGUAAAUUCUCACUUGUCAAUAAAAAAACCUCCCUCAUCCCCCCCCCAUAUCUCCACCCAACACUGACACAAUGCACAGCCACUCAGUUGCUUAUAAAUAUUUGAUAAAUGCAUCACCCUCGUCAUAGCGUCCUCAUCUACACUCAAUGUGCUGUAUGCUGGAGCCUGGAAUCGUCGAAACAUUUGACCAUUUUACAUUCUAAUGAAAUGUUAUGAAUGUUCUAGUUUAAUUUCACCAUUCGUGCUGCUUUUCUUGACGCAUCCUUUUGAUCGGGAGCUUUCCGUCAUGAGUCACGACAAUGACGCCUUGGCACCGGCGUUAAAAGGGUCCAAGCCAGCAUCCCCUGUCUCCAUGAUUGGCUUGCUGCCAUUUAAUAAUUCUCCUAAACAGACUCCUCUCAAACCCGCAACAUGGAACUAAGGCAACACUGUACACGAUCACAAUUGGCACAGUGUGGAUUGCAUUGCAGUACAUAUUGGGCAGUGCAAAAGUCCUACACUUAUUUCAUUGCUCCUAAGUUAGAUAAAUUACUUCAUGAAAUCGUUACCCUUUCAAUUGACGUUUUCCCCAUUGUGAUGUGUGCACACUGUCAGAACACAUGGCAAGGACGAUUAAUGAAAGCAAUGAAUGCAUCAGGUUCAGCUCGAUGAUGAAGGCCAAUAUUGUAACUAUCAAACAAGAUGACUAUUGAUUAUGCUUAAUAUGAAUUGUAAAAUGUAUGUUUAUUACAGGUGCUUGCAUUAUAUGAUAUUUCAGGGUUAGUGUUGAAUUGAAUAAUUCAAUGCAUUCGGUUGAAUCACACCAUGCAAUGAAAAUUACAUGUGUAUGUUCUUUGUUUGUCAUUUGAAAGAUCAUGCACAUUUUGAUGAGAAUCUCAGUUCUGACAUGUCUUUAAGAAAGCACAUUAUGUAUAAAUGAUAUUGUUUUUUUAAAAUAAAGCAUUCUAAAAUAUUAAA